AAUUAGAAAGUCUAUAAAAAGAAUAGUAUAUUUUAUGUGUUGUCAAAUAAGAAAUCAACGGUCAGAAAGGCAAUGUAAAUGACAGGUGUAAUUGUGAAUUUCAUAUAUUUUGUUCGAACUUUACGAGACCUUACACAUAUUUCAACUUUUGGCUUCAAAGUGAUUCUGUAACAUCCUGCACAAUAUGUAAAUCCGUUGUGAAAGAUCUAGAUUAACGGUGGUGAAACAACAUGGAAGAUGUGUCAUCAUCCGUUUACCGUCACAUGUGCAAAUACGUAGUUGGAACAGAAAAUCACGUCAAAACGAUAAGAUUGAUAAACACAGUUUGUGAUAAUCUUUCCAGUGACGACAUAAAAGUGAUCAUUACCAGCGGAAGUUUUGGUGAAGGACUGCAGAUGCUAGGUAGUGAUCUAGAUCUUAUGUUUGUCUUAAAGGACAUCGAGGUCCACGAUAAUAGAACACCUAUUGUUUUUAGUCGUUCAAAAACGAAUUUCACAAUGAUGACAGAAGGUACAAAACCAGGUUUUGUAAUGUUGCAACUUAUAGGUAGUCCUCAUCCCCUCUUUUGUAAAAAAUGCAGAAUGGGCAAUUAUUUGUCAAAUGUCUUAUUCAAACAAACAUUUUUAAACGAAUUAGGUCCCUUUGUACACGGACCUUGCAUAUCCGAUAUUCAUGGUCGUUAUGACAUGGCUCCUAGCCUUCAUAGUAAAUAUUGGUUUAAACCCGCAUCAGGAUGGGUUGUGAGGUCAAAUAAUGCAUGGCCAUAUGAAAACACAAAGCAGAUGAUCAUUGAUCACGGCGUGCUGUUUGUCCCAAUCGGUGCUAAAGGGUCACCACACGAGGAAUUUGAAUGGCGAAUUUCAUUUUCAGUUGCUGAAAAACUUCUUAUUUAUACGUUUAGUCAAUCGCAGUUACUUUGUUAUGCGCUCAUGAAAAUUCUUCUAAAGGAUGUAAUAAAUACUGAUAGCAGAUGUACAGAUUUAUUGUGUUCUUAUUACCUGAAGACAAUUAUUUUCUGGAUAUCAGAAGAAUUACAACCCUCUGUAUGGACACCUGACAAUUUGAUACCAUGUUUUAUGAGAUGUUUCCUUCGGCUCAUUUAUUGUGUGCAGUAUCAAGUUUGUCCGCAUUAUUUCAUCCCAGAAAAUAAUUUGUUUGAGAAUAAGAUAGAAGGACUGGAUAGGACUAAUUUAAUAGAUACACUUCGUGUGCUCUUUAGCUAUGGAUGGCGAUGCAUGUUUUUCUCUAAACAAAUAUCACAUGUUUCGUUUUUACCCUGCAACAUUCAAAAUGAUCACAGUAUCUUUUAUUAUGAAGAUAUAAACAAAUUGUUAAACUCAAACGUAAUCAUUCGUGUUGGUUCUGUGAGUGGUAAAUACAAUAACUUUAGUAGAGCUGUUCAUAACGUUAUGUCUUAUAACUCCAAGAAAUUGAAAUACCUAUAUACAUAUUUCAUGUCAGUGAUGUGCAACAAACAUUGCCAGUCCGUAUACUUGAGCAGUACAAUCAAUAAUAAGAAUCAAUAUAAACAAUACAAAACUUGUCUAAGUUAUCUACUAAUGAACAUCAACCACGAUACUGUCUCUGGGUGGUUGAUCCUUGCUUCGUUUUUCUACAAGGAAAACCAAUAUACAAAAUCUCUUUUAAUUAUCUCGUAUGCAUUAUCGAAGUGUACACCUGAAAAACUAUUCCGUGGAGCAGAAUUGUCAGUCAUGCAACGUCUUAUAGUCAAAUGGUACUCUGUACAAAAGCAAGGAGUGGUUCAUUCGUUAAAAAAGUUACUGGUAGAUUAUGUCAUUUUUAAGACUUCGACAUUUAUUCCAAUGGAACUGCUAAUCGAAAAAAUUAUCUUUGCAAUUCCGCCUGUAGUUUAUGCACAUUUUUUGUCUUUCCUAUGUCAUUACCAUCUAAACAACGUGCCAGAAUUACGAAAUUCCCUUCAAGAUCUUCAAUUGACAAUAGACGAAGACUACUUCAUUGGGGAGGAUGUAAUUGUUAGAUCAACAUCUUACUACUGUCUUGGUACUGCUUUACAGUUAAUGGGAGACAAAUUAUCAGCCAAACAAGCUUUCACUGAGACUGUGAAUCUAUUAAAUUCGUUUCCAUUGUUGAUUAGGCGAUUAAAAAGGCUAUCUAUAAUAGCUUUCUGGUGAAAAAUAAAAUCAUUUUAUUCAAUAAGA